UGUCCUGUUGAGAAAUUACUGAGAUUCUCCGCGGAGAGGUUCAUCCCAAAGCCUGUUCCUCCGCUCCGACACUGAGCCGCAACGACAGCGACUAAACUGCUGGUUGAAACCUGAGCUCCGUCUGUACCGUUUCAGCUGGAAAGAGCUUCCUCUGUCUUCCAUCAGCAGGAAGAGAAGACAGACUGUGAACAAACCUCGUCAUGAACUGGGCAUUCCUCCAGGGCCUCCUCAGUGGGGUGAACAAGUACUCCACAGCGUUUGGCCGAGUGUGGCUCUCUAUUGUCUUCCUCUUCAGGGUCAUGGUGUUUGUGGUGGCGGCGGAGAAGGUAUGGGGUGAUGAACAGAAAGACUUCAAGUGCAACACGGCUCAGCCGGGCUGCCACAACGUCUGCUAUGACCACUUCUUCCCCGUCUCCCACGUCCGUCUUUGGGCCCUGCAGCUCAUCUUUGUCACCUGCCCCUCUCUCCUGGUGGUCAUGCAUGUAGCCUACAGGGACGACAGGGAGCGAAAACAUCGGCUUAAGUACGGCGAAAACUGCCGCCGCCUCUACCAGAACACGGGGAAGAAGCGCGGAGGCCUGUGGUGGACAUAUGUCCUCACUUUGGUCUUCAAAAUAGCCGUAGACGCCACCUUCGUCUACCUCCUGUACCACAUUUACGAGGGUUACGACUUCCCCUCGCUCAUCAAAUGUGAGCAGAAACCCUGUCCCAACAAGGUGGACUGCUUCAUCGCUCGGCCCACCGAGAAACGCAUCUUCACCAUCUUCAUGGUGGUCACCAGUCUUGCCUGCAUCCUUCUCUCUAUCUUUGAAAUCCUCUACCUGGUUGGCAAACGCUGCCGUGAAUGUUUCAGCUCGGUCCAUAACUCUCGCCACCACAUGACCAACACGCUGUCCAGCGGAAGCAACUUGAUGGAGUCAAAUACUCUAAAGGGGACGGGCAAAUCCACCCCUGAAACACCUGCUCCUUCAUACGCCGUUGCCAUAUCUUGAGAGAUAAAGGCAAAGACUUCAUUAAAAACAAUGUCGUGGGAAAGGAAACAUGCCUCUCCUUCCUCUGCAGGCACUUCCUUCAAAGACUUGAGAGCAGACUUUAGUGUGCUCGGACUCUGAACUACAAUGGAGGUAGUUUUUUUUUGUUUGUUUGGUUUUUUUUUUUUACUUUUGUGUCCACUGUCAGAGAAUAUGGAAUUGUGCACCAAGAGACUUAUGUGUCAUUGAUCAGGAAUGUGCUUGCUGUUGUUGGUUUGGGUCAGAGAAGUAACAGCUCUGCAGCCCUGGCAAAGAAAAAUCAACUUUGUGUGAUUCAGAUUUAGUCUUGAAACCCACUAUGAGUCACUCCAGGGUUUGGCGAUGGCUUUCAAACACAUGUGGUUCUCUGUGUAAAGUUUUCCCUCUGCUCAGCUCCCAACCCCAACAUGCUUAACUCAAACUGGUUCAAACAUUUUCUCCCUUUACUCACACGUUCACAUCUUGUGAACACUCAACCCUUUGAAACAUGAGCAAAUGGUCCUGAUUUCUUUCAAAAACAGAAGAAGAAAGCAAUGAGCUACUUCAUGA